AAAAACCCAAGUCACAACUACAAGUCAGUCAGGAAUUCGGCUAGGUUAGAGAUCCAUGUCCGGUCAAUCUUGCAGUUCAGCCGGAAAUCACGGGAGCGUAAGAAACGAUCUGUAGCAUUACGACAAAACAUUCAUACUCUGUCGUCAAGUUUCGUCUUGAACGAAGCGGAAGCGUGGCUCUCCGUCUGACCGUCUGCAAGCUUUGCCAUGCUCGGUCUAAGAUCGUACCAAAUCUCUUCAUUCAAUCGUAUCUCAGCAGAUCAGAUCUCUUAUCUCAGUAUCUUAUCUCAACCAGUAACAUUCCGCCAUGUCGGGUCGCAGCAAAUUCACGAGCGUCAAUCUCAACAGCUCCUUCGGGAGGCAAAGCCCCUCCCACUCCCACUCCGGCCCCGGCCAAACCACAGCCGCCGGAUCCAGAUUCGGACGGUCAGGAUCAUUCGGAAGCAUGAUGGUGCUGGGGAAGGUCGCAACUCCCGGAGCGUCCGCGGGUAGCAAGAGCGGGAAGCUGGUGGUGCCGAAGCCAGUCAACCUGCCGUCGCUGCGACGAGAGCACGCGGGGAACGAUCCGUCCGUCUCGCUCGUUCCCGCCAGCAGUACGGUAGUAUCGGGAUGGCAGAGACCCGGGGGGGGGAAGCCGCACGGGGAAGGGACGCACGCGGCGGAGCAGACACUAUCAGCAGCAGCAUCAGCAGCAGCAUCAGCAGCAGCAGCGGUUUCAGCAGUAGCAGCGGGGGAAGCAUCGGCUCGCGCGUCCGGUGCGACUCACGAGGCCAGGCGUUGCGUGUCGCUCUCCCCGCCUCCUCAAGGCUACGCCUUUCUGGCCAAUUCAGCAGCAGCUGCCGCGGCACCGGCGGCGGCAGUUGCAGCGGCGUCAGUAGGCGAGCCGAAUCGCGCCCCCUCGGCGCACCGACCAGGGGUGUACCAACCGCCGGGCUCGCGCGGCGGCAGCAGUGCCACGUCAGCCUCCACGUCAGCUGUCACGAACGCGGGAAACGCCGGCGUUGUCUUGCGCGGGGAAGAUUUUCCCUCACUGGAUGACGCAGCAAAGAAGCAAGCGUCGACUAGCAGUGCUGUACCAAGCGUCGGACGCGGUAAGGAGCACCCUGGCAAGAAGAAGACCAAGGCAUUAGAGGCUAAUAGCGGGGAUGAGCUGGCGCGAUUGGCGCAGGAGCAGGGUGGAGGGGACGAGGCAGGUCGGGCGACGGAAAGGCCGCAGGGUAGCGAUGCGACGACGAAACGGGUUACCAGUGGGCGAUGGGGAGACGAAGAAUCGGAUCAGGAGCUGAACGAGCGAGAUCCCCUGUCCGGAUCUCAAUCUAACAAGGCGCCAGAUUUUAUUUCCAGAGACCAAGGCAGCGAGGCAUCUGGCGAUCCCGGUGCCUACGGUGCGGACAGAUCUGACAGACAUCCCCGUUAUAAGGAGAACGAGAGGCCGAGGAGGCCUGGAGAGGGCAUGGGUCCGCCGAACCAGUUUGGCCCGCCACCCGGGGGAGGCUUCCGCCGACCUUCCCCUCCGCGCAGAGCAUGGGCGGACGAUGAGCGGGACCUUGCGCCACCCCACCCUCCCCAUCCCCCCCAUUUCGCGCAUGGGGGUAGGGGGCCAUUUCCGCACAGAUUCGACGGUCCCAGGGGUCACUUCGACGCUAACGGGUUUCCCAUGGGUGGUGAACCGGGAGGGUUUCAUAACGGAUGGGACUCUAGAGAGGGGUUUCAUUCUAGAGAAGGCUUUCGGGAGUAUCCUGGUCCGAGGAAUGGGGCCACGGAAUGGCAGGGAGAUCCGAGGCCCGGCGAGGCGUUCAUGUGGCGAAGGGACGAUCCGCACGGGUGGGAGGGACGGCCGCCUGCAGGACGAGGGAGGGGAGGGCCGGGGCCAGGACCGCCAGGCGCACUAGGGCCCCCUGGACCGCCAGAUAUGCGAGGGCCACCAGGCGCACCCGAGAUGAGAGGGCAACCAGGGCAACCAGGACCGGCAGGGAUGCCAUUCCCGGGUGAGUUUGAGCGCUAUGGGCCCAUGGGGGACCCGGGGAGAGGCAGAGGCGGUGGUGGUGGCGGGUAUGGUCCCAGGGGGGAGUUUCCCAGGGGUUUUGCGCCCGGGCAGGGUUUUGGCCCCGGGCAGGGGUUUAGGCCCAGUAGGGAGGGCGGAGGGAGGGGCGUGGGGCCGGACGUUUUUUCCGGUGGCCCGCGGAUGGAGCUGCAGUCUCUGCCGCGCGUGGGGGUGGAGCCUCCGCCUAGUUUUGGGCUUGGUGCUCUGGGGCUGGUGAGGAGGAAGAAAGCGGAGGGAGAGGGGGGUGGGUCGGAGUUUCGUGACUUGGAAAGGGAGCGGUUUGAAGAGGAGUUGGAGAAGUUGCAGAUGCAGAAGGAUAGGGAGAGAGUGAGGAAGGAGGAGGAGGAGCAGCGGGCGGCAGAGUUUGCGAGGCAGCAGGAGGAAGAGGCGAUGCGGAGGGGGAGAGAGGAGGAGGAGGCGAGGCGUAGGGCGGAGGAAGUGGAGAGAGAAGCCGCGCAGAGGGCGGCUAUGGAAGUGGAAGAGGCGGUGAGGAGGGUAGAGGAGGAGAGGAGGAGAGUGCAGGAGGAGAAGAGGAGGAUUCUGGAGGAGGAGGAGAGGAGGAAGGAGAAUGCGCGGAGGAAGUUGGAGGAGCUGGAGGAGAGGAUAGCGAGGAGGAAGGCGGAGGAGGAGGAGAGGAGGAAGAGGGAGGAGGCAGGCGGAGCGGAGGGGCAAGGGGGGGCGUUGAGUGAGGGUGGGCAGGGGCAGCAAGGUGAGGCGUCGCAGGGUGUUGUGGAACGGAGUGUGGCGUUGGGGCAGGGACCAGGAAAUGAGGGGAACGGGCAGCUGCAGGGGCAGGGGCAGGGGCAGGUAGUGGAUGGCUGGGAAGGCGCGGAGAGGAAUGAGGGAGGGUAUUUGCCAGGGGAGGUAGGGUCUAACGAGCAGAAUCCAAGUGGAGAGGUAGUUGGAGGUCAUUCAAACGCGCAGGGAAGCGAAGUGGAGGAAAGACGGACUUCUAUGGGGAAUGGGUCAGCGCAGGAGCAGGCUGCUGGGGAUGGCAGCAGCACCCAAGUAGCUUCUGAGCCGACUGAAAAGGCUGCUGGUCGGGAGGAUGACAGAGCCCAAGAGAUUCCAAAGUCGGACGAGCAGUGUGAGAUUCUUGCUGGCAUGGCAGAAGGUGCCCCCACAUGGGUAGAUGGCACGGAGGUCCCUGGUGAGAGCAAGACAGUGAGAGACGAAGGGGAAGGCGUGGUUGGGAAGAGCGUGCUAGGGAAGAUGGGCCAGGUCGAGGGGGAGAAAGGUAGCGAAUUUCAAGUGAACCGUCAGAAGCAGGAGCAGGAGGAGCAGGAGCAGCAGCAGGAGCAGCAGGAGGAGCAGCAGCAGCAGGCUGGGCUUUCCCAUGAUAAGGCCGGGUCCACUGUAGGGGGCCCUAUUGCUGCCUCCUCCCCUUCCCCGCCCCUUGAUCGCACGCGUCUGGGGGAGAGGCAGCAAGCCAACCACACCAGUAACCAGAGCCUCUAUGACCCUAGCGCAGAGGGGCCGGGGUUAGGGAUUUCCCAGGGUUUUUCUCACUGGAGCCAGCAGCAGCAACAGCAGCAGCAUCACCAGCACCAGCACCACCACCAGCAGCAACACCAGCAGCAACAGCAGCAACAGCACCAGCAACAGCAACACCAGCAAUACCAGCAACAGCAGCAACAGCAACAGCACCAGCAACAGCAGCAGCAACACCAGAUGCAGGGGCAGUCGAUUCCGCCUUACGGAUUCCCCAGCCCAGGUCCUCUCUUGCGCGCCCAUCAGUUCGCCCCACCUUACCCUCACUUCCCUGUAAUGCAGCAGCAUCUAGGGACCAUGCACCCCCACCCCUUCCAGCCGUUGCCAGGGCACCAGCACCAGCAGCAGCCGCCGUUGCUGCACCGACCACCCGGGCUGGGUCCUGGGCUCUUAACCCAUGGGGAUGCGAGCCACGGCUUUGCUACAUAUACUGGCCACGUGCCGGCGGUGGGGGCAGUGGGGGCAGCCGCAUCAGGAGGAGCAGGAGGAGGAGGAGGAAUAGCAGGAGGAGCAGGAGGAGGUGGGGAGAGCGGUGGUGUGGCAGGGGGCAGGGCGGGGUACCAGAGAAUGGAGCAGUUUGGUGGGAGAGAGGUGGGCGGCAGGGAAGGACCCACUGCGGCGUUUGAUAAGUCGCAGGAGAGGAGGAGGGCGGAUGGGAGGGGUGGAGAGAGGGAGCAAGGGAGAGCGGAGGGGAUGGGACAAGAGCAAGGGGUUGGGGUUCUGGGUACAAGGGAUGCGGUAGUGGACAGAAAUGAAGGGUUGAUUGGCGGUGGUAGUGGGGCGAUGGGGAAUGGUGGUGGAGUGGUGGUGAGGGAGAGAAGAUGGGGGCAAUCUGGGGAGUACUUAGACUGGAGAAGGAUUGGGCCUGAUGCUGCAUCGAGUAUUUUCCUCGGGCAGGCCGGGCAGCCUGGAAUGCAGCAGUGGCAGGGGCGGCCUGGGUUCGGGCAGGAGGAAAAUUCUGGUGGUCCAGAACGGGCAGAAGGGCGAAGCUGGGCAGAGGGGAAAGGUGAGGGCGAGGGAAGAGGAGAGGGGAGGGAAAGGGGCGUGACUGGAGCACUGGGAGAGAUGGGAGGGGGGGUGGCGGGAGCAUUAGGACCAGAGGAGUCAGAGAUGAGUGAGUCCGAGAGCCUGCCUGCAGAUGUGGUGAAUGAGCUGGGGGCCCUGCUGUCGGAUCGAGAAGAGGGGGGCAUGUCGGACAGAGAAGAGGGAGCGACGGGGAAUCAGGAGAGAGCGGUGAUGGUAGGUAGGGAAGGGUUGGAUUCGGCUGAAAGAGGAGGAGUGGUGGGUGCUGAUAAGGAGGAGGUGGGGGUGGAGGAGAAGCGGCUUGCAGUGAGAGCCGAGGAGAAGGGAAGUGUGGUGGAGAAUGGCGAGGCUGUGGUGAAAGAUGCCGGCACUGGUGCAGCAGAAACAGGCAGCAUAGACUCACAGGGCGCACGUGCCUCUGUCGCGCCUUCAGCUCUCUCUGCUGCUGCGCCUUCAGCUUUCCCUCCUGCUGUGACUUCUGCUGCUGCAGCAUCUGCUGAUAGUGCUCCGUCCAAGCCGUUCCUUCCCGCCCUGCUGCGCACCUCUGGAGCCCCUUUUGUCAUUCAAAUCGGCUCCGUGCCUCUCACUGUUGGUGGGGCAGCCCAGCCAUCCGGGCAGAACGAAAGUUUUGGAGCGUCCCCGUUGCCAAUGUUUCAGUUCGGGCAGAUCGGGGUUCAGGCAUCAAUGUUGCAUCCUGUGCCCCCUGCUGGCCAGGGCCCAGAGUGUGCCACACAACCGAACCAGCAGCAGGAGUUACCGAAGCAGCAUCAGCAACCACCAAACCACCAGCAGCAGCUUCCGAACCAGCCCUCGAUGGUGUUAGAACCGCACCAGCAGCAGCAGCAGCAGCAGCAGAAGAAGAAGGGCGCGGCAGCACCAGGUCAGGUACCUUCAAAAGAAUCAAUUGUGCAAAGGGUGGUCUCUCAAGAGCCGUUGCUGCCGCUUCCAGUAUCAAUGCCCCCCCCGGUGGGUGCCCAGCCGCCUGCUGUGGGGGGGAGAGAAGCGCUGGAGCAGAGGGACGGUGCAGGUUCAGGCGCGCGGCUUGUUGAACGGGGACAAGUGUUGGGCCGAGGGGGGGCCGUGCAGAGGAGGGGCAGGGAGCAAGUGAGGCAGGGAGGGCAAGAGGAAGGAAGCAUGCCUGGGCUGGCUAAAGCAGCAGCUGCUGCUUCUUCUGCAGGAUCAGCGAUAGGGGCGCCAGCUGUAGGGGCGCCAGCAGUAGGGGUGAUCAGUGGGAGGGGGGCACGGGGUGGUCGCACAGGGGGGCAGGCACAGGCAUUGCCAGCCAGGGGCCGGGGGAGAGGCAGGGACGCGGUUACCACCCCAUCUGUGCCGGGAAUGCCUGCUAGGCCCGGACCUGCAGCCUCGGCUGUUGGAGCGGUAAGUGGCUCGGGAGCUGGCUCGAUGGCAGGUGCGGCAGCUGGUCUGGUGUCAGGUUCGGCGGUAGCUUCGGGGGGUGGUUCGGGAGCAGGCACGACUCCAGCUUGGUUUGUGGCUCAGGGUUUAAGGCUUACUGAGGCGAGAAUUGGAGGGGUUUCGGAGGGGACAGGUGAAGGGUAUUCAGAGAUUAGGGGUAGUGAUGGUGUAGUGGUGAGGACGAGGAUUGGGGGGAGAGGGGGAGGCGGAGAGAGGAGGAGGGGCGGUGGAAGAGGGAGAGGGGGGAAUGCGGUGGAAGGGCCGGCAGGAGAGAGGGGUGGGAAGAGUGAGGGUGUGGGGAGGGGAGUGGCGGUGCAGGGUGAUCGAAAGGGCGUGGCGACAGCUGGUGGUUUGCAGGAGAAGCAGAUAACACGGGGAGCAACAGGGGGUGAAGCAACAGGGGGCGGAGCAACAGGGGGCGGAGCAACAGGGGGCGGAGCAACAGGGGGCGGAGCAACAGGGGGGGAUAAGGACGGCACGGGAUUGAGUGCUGGAGUGGAGGAGCCUAAGCAGGGGACUUUGGUUAACGCUUGUGAGUCAAGGCGAGAUGUGAGUCAAGAGGUUGGAAAGACUGACGUGGUUAGAGUAGUGGAAAAGACGGAUGUAGCAAAAGCGGAUGUAGCAGAGGCGGGUGCCAUAGGCAUGGCAGUUGCACAGGAGAAACAGAGGGAUGCGGGUGGCCAUGCUGGCGGUGCUGAUGCUGUUGCUGGUGCUGAAGGUUGGCUGCUGCAGCAAGGGUCUGCUCCAGGUGAAACGGAGGAUCUGGCAGGUGGGGAGAGUGGCGUGGCGUCAGGUGCUUUUGCAGGUGCUUCUUCAGGUGCUUUUGCAGGUGGCUCGGACAGUGGCGUGUCGGAGGCAGAGGCUGCUUACGAGAGUGCUGAUGCCACGAGCACUGGCUCGGAGCACGAGGAGGUGGAGUCAAAGAUGGGAGCACAGAUGGAGGAGGAGAAAGUGGAGGAGAAGGAGGAGGAGAAAGUGGAGGAGAAAGCGGAGGAGAAGGGAGGGCAGCUGCAUGUGAAGCAGGAGCAGGAGGGUGACGAGGAGCCGCAGCAGGGGCAGGAAGAGGAAGGGCAGGAGCGCGGGCAGGAAGAGAAAGGGCAGGAGCGCGGGCAGGAAGAGAAAGGGCAGGAGCGCGGGCAGGAAGAGAAAGGGCAGGAGCGCGGGCAGGAAGAGAAAGGGCAGGAGGAUGCCGUGGACACACGCAUGCAACCCGCACGAGGAGAGAGGGUGCCGCAACGUGAGGCACAAAAGGCCAGUGCUUCCGAGAAGAAGCAGCAGGCGCAGCAGCAGCAGCAGCAGUCGAAGCCUGCAGUGAGCCUGCGCCGGCCGUUCUCAAUGUUCCCCACGGCCUUCCUCUCCUCCCUGGGGUUCCUCUCAGGCGCGUCCUCCUCCUCCUCAUCCUCCUCCCCUUCCUCCACCUCUCCCCGCGUAGGGAAAGCCCCACCUGAAGCGUUGCCGCAGGGGUCCUCUCAGGCUGCCUCUGAGCCACCCUGUGUAGCACCGACUACUGCUUCUGCUGCUGCUGCUGCUGCUGUUUCUGUUGCUGCUUCUGCUGCUGCUGCUGCUGCUGUUACUGCUGCAGGCAGGGAUGCUUCGCCCUCGGCAGCUGUAGCAGUAGCUAGUGGGGAAACGGGGUCAGUCAUAGAUGCGGCUGCUACAACUGCUACGGAGGAAAGCGCAGGCACAGCUGUAGCAGGUUCAAAGCGGAGGGAGAGGAAGGGGAAGGGGGUAGCUACUGCUGCUGCUGCUGCUGCUGGGAAGGAAAGAGCAGGAGGGGGGAGCGGGCAGCAGGGCAGCAAGAUAGGUGUAGGGGUAGUGACUGAGGCCACUGAAAGCAGCUCUGGUACUGGCGCUGGGGGUGAUGGUAGGAGCAAUGAGGGCAGUGGAACGAGUAAAGCUGCUGGGAGCAGCGCAGCUAGUGGGGCCGGCAAGGGCAAUGGGAGCAAGGAAGGGUCGGUGAGAGAGGGGCCACGUGUGCCAGCUAGACUCGGCUGGCUGGUGGAAAGGCUAGAGAGCCUGGGGCACUCAGAGGAGGUGCCCCUGGGAGGGGGGAUAGUGAAAGUGUUUGAGCAGAUAGGGGUGGAUCAUGAAGAGGAGGAGGGUGGUGGGGGGUUUGUCACUGUGCAGUCGAAGAGGGGGAGGCGGGAGCAGAGGGAGCGGGAGCAAAGGGAGAGGGAACGGGAGGAGAGGGAAAGGGCGAAGGAGAAGGAGAAGGAGAGGGAAAGGGAGAGGGAGCGGGAGAGGGAGCGGGAGAGGGAGAGGGAGCGGGAGGUGAAGGCACGAAAGCGGGAGCAACGUAUGAAGGAGCAGCAGGAGCAGCAACAGAGGCGCAAGCACGCCGCUCAUGCGAACACUAUUGGCGCCAGCGUAACCCUCCCUGUGACAACGGCUGUUACGGCAUCUACUACUACUCCAGUCACGGCUCCCGACGCUGGUGGUGUCAAGCAACAGAUCCUCGCUCCUAUUCCGGCUCCUACACCUGUGCAAUCUUCGCCAGCGUUGCCUUCCACGACAGCAUUAGAAGGCCCCAUGUGCGUGAGUAGCAGCACAGCGCCGGCUGUGGCAGCAGCACCCACCAUACUCGUUACUCCUCCCAUGGCUGCGCCUCUGGUUCCGCCCAUGGUUGCUCCUGUGGUCGCUCUAAUGCAACCCCUGCAGCAGCAGCAGCAGCAACAGCAGCCGCAGCCGCAGCAGCAGCAGCAGCAGCAGCAGCAGGUGCAGCAGGGUGGAACAGAGCAAGGGGAGCAGGGGCAGAGGAAAGGCCAGCAGAAGCAAGGGCGGCAGAGGGGCGGCAGAGGCGGCAAGCAGCGGCAGGAGUGGCGUGCUGCUGGUGUCAGUGGGGGGAGCUCCGACCAGCACCAGCAGCAGCAGCAGCAGCAGCCGCAGCAGCAGGAGCGAAAGGAGCAACAGGGACAGGAGCACAGAGAGCAGCAGCCGGAACCGCAGCCACAGCAGCAGCAGCAGCAGGGGCAGCAGGAGGAGCUACAUCAGGGGCAGCAGCAGCAGGCACAGCAGCAGCAGCAGCAGCAGGAGCAGGAGCAGCAGCAGGAGCAGGAGCAAGAGCAGCAGCAGGAGCAGGAGGCACAUCAGGCGCAGCCGAAUGAAGGGGUUGAAGCAGGUGGGAAGCAGCUGCAGCAGCAGCACGAGCAGCAUCAACACCAUCAGCAACCGCAGCAGCAGCAUGUUGCCUCAGGUGUAUAUUUCCCUGCAGCAAGUGAAGCACCCCCCCUUGCAGAACCCCCCCCUGGAGCCCCCCACCUUGCAGCAGCAGCUGUCCCUUCUGCGCCCGCCCACUUCCCUCACAUGCAUAUGUACCCAGGCAUGCUGCAGCAUCAAGGCAUGCUGGCCUCUCAAGGUAUGCUCCCUCAUCCGACCAUGUCCCCUUUCCCCAUGUCCCAGCCACAUGCCCUUACACAUCCGGCCCAUGCCAUGCCAACCCACACAAUGCCUAACCCUGCCAUGCCAAGCCCCAUGCCAAGCCAUGCCAUGCCAGGCCAUGCCAUGCCAGGGCAAAUCAUGCACCCUGGGCCCCCCGUCAUGAUUUUCCCUGCCCCUCCUUUUUUGAGCGGGCAGUUCGGGCAGGUUGGUCAGCCCAUACCAGCAGGGAUUGGGCAAGGGAGUAUGGGGCAGGUAGGAGUGGGACAGGUAGGUAUGGGGCAGGUAGGUAUGGGGUUUCCUCUGCCGCAGUAUGGACAAGGGGGGUAUGACUUCAAUGCUUCCACCCAAGCACAAACGGGGCAGCAGCAGCAGCAGCAGCAAGGGCAGCAGCAGCAGCAGCAAGGGCAGCAGCUGCUGCUGCAGCAGCCGCAGCAGGGGUUGCUGCAGGAGGGGCAGCAAAGGCCGGAGAAGAAAGAGGAGGGUAUUGGAGGGGCAGCAGGGGGCCAGCAGCAGCAGCAGCAGGGAGGGGUGGGUGGAGGAGGCAUGCAGUCUCGCUCAAAAUUUGAGGGACCUCCGAACACGUCUCACCUGCGAUAUGAGGCGCCUCCAAGCACGGGUCGAUCUCGAGGCGGUGCCGUGCCCCCACCGAGGUUCCAGCAGCAACAGCAGCAGAUGCAGCAGCAGAUGCAGUUGCGGAACCAGCAGCAGCAGCAGCAGCAGCAGCAGCACCAGGUGCAGCUGCAGAACCGGCAUCAGCAAAACGUGCAGACCCAGCAGCAGCAGCAGCAGCAUAGGAUGCAUGAUGGGUCUGCAGUGAUGGGCGGCAAUCAACAGCCACCACAGCCACAGAUCCCACAGCAGCAGCAAGCCUUACAGCAGCACCCUUUACAGCAGCCGAUGCCUUUCUACUGGCCGCACCUUCCCCAGUUUCCACCUCCUCACGUUAAUCCUGCAGCCCCUUUCCCCCCCAUGGGUCACUCCCUCCUCCCUUUCGCUCCUCCCACUUUCCUCUCCUCUCAACUCCUCCACCCCACACCAACGCCACAACUGCCCAUGCCAAUAGCUCCGUCCCUGGUUACCCAUACCAGCGCCUCUGGUUCGGCUGCUUCACGUGCCGAACCAGAAGCUGGUAUGGCAGGCUCCCGAGCCUCGGAGCUAGGCGUGGAGGAAGGUAGCAGGGGCGGGGGUGAGAAGAGAAAGGAAGGGAGUGAAGACCGGGGCCGCAGACACAAUGCACCUGCUGCUGCUGUGGCUGGUAACGAAAGUGCUGCAUCUGCAGCAACUGCGGGGGGCAAUGCUGUUGCUGCUGCUGCUGCCGCUGCCGCUGCUGCUGCUGCUGCUGAUUCGUCUGAAGCGGCCACUUCCACUGGUGCAGCUCCGGCCACCAUAGAGGAUCAUCAUUUUCCUGAGUCCCUGGGGGAUGGAGACACCACCUUAUCCUACCAGCCCCAGCCCCUAGCACCAGCAGCACCACCACCACCAGCACCACUAGCAGCAGCACCACCACUAGCACCACUAGCAGCACCAGCACCACAGGCAGCAGCACAGGCAGCAGCACAGGCAGGAGGAGUAGGGAUGCUAACAGCAGGUGGCGUCUCUGUUCCUCCUCCCAGUGUCUACCACGCCCACCUUGGGUCCGUACCUGUAGGGAUGGCAGGAGCUAUGGCAGGAGGUAUGGUGGGGGGUAUGGCAGCUUCACAGCAGCAUAGCCACAGGUUCGGUGGAGGCUCGGACCAAGGCAUGGGCUAUUACCAAGGGAGGCCGGGUGCCCCAGGAGGGAACAAGAGGCGGCCCCGCCAACCGCCAAGGCUCACCCGAGCCUCUCCCGGAGGUUCGGGAGGCGAUGGCCUGGGUGGUAACCAGCAGGGUGGUGUGGUAUCUGCCAAUCAGCAAGGGCUUAGCCUACAGGAUUUCCCAAGCCAGCAAGGCUUCUCCAGACAGUAAGGGUUCUUUCCCAAGCAGCUUUUGAGUCGACUCAGAAGUCAACCCGCAGGGGUUCCCAAGCCAGCAAGGCUUCUCCAGGCUGUAAGGGUUCUUUCCCAAACAGCUUUUGAGUCUUAAAAGGUGGACUGGUAGAGGGGGGGGAAAGGUAGAGGUAAGGAGGAGAAGGUGGGAGUGCAGGGGAGUGGUUGGUGGGAGUGGUGCGUGGGGGUGGUGGAGGGAGUGGGAGGGGAAAGGGGUUGGAGUGGAGUGGAAGGAGUGGGAGUCAGAGCGGGUAGUAGCGAAGGAAAGCUGCCCAGGUUUGAGUGAGAGAAGUCCCAGGGUUUUCUGUAUUCUGCCCGGCUUUCCAAUCCAAUGCACAACAUUUUUGUGUCGGGGAGGGCUUUGGUUUGUUUGGACCUAGGUUUGGAACAGGGUCUUGUUGCUCACGUGCUUGCCUCUUCUUGGGGCUUGGUGUGGUGUGGUGGUGCUAUUGUGUGAUGCCGAAAGUUGCAACCUCUUUGCUUGGUGUGGACUCAGUAGAUUGGGUUUGCUUUGCUUGCAUCGGGAACAUUUUCUACCCCAGCAGUUCAUGAAAUGCUACCAGGCUGAAAUGUAGGUAUCCAAAUGUUGUAGUGUACCAGUAAAUUGGUAACAGCCACCACACCUCUUGUAAGGAAUUUUCUAUUCCUUACCGAGCAGUACUGCUAUCGCGUACGCUCAAACACACCUGAAGCCUCGUUACGGUUCCGUCCGGACCUUUCUGACACAACCGCCUCGGCUUCUCCGGACCU